AUGGGACGUCCGGUGGAUCAAAAUGUGGUGGCUGCAUAUGCGGCUGCCUUUGGGGCUCGAGCGCAAUUGAAGAGCGUUGGCUUUUCAUUCUUGUGUGACAUCACAGGGCGGCUCUUUAAGUCCAAAAGAGUUGCUUUAAAAGACAUGAAUGGAAAUACUGAGGCCUUGAAGGCAGUGCUAACUGUCAGUAAAGGACUUGGGUACUACCCUGCGACAGUGUUCAAGGAGGCAAUCCUCAAACAUUAUGUCGACUCAAGGCUCCUACCCAAAGGGAUGCAGGUUCAAAUGGACUGUAUUCAGAAAUGGUCUUUGAAAAUGGGCUUGACUCUUCGACGGAUGGCAAGUGGCUUCAGGCGGAACUACCGGCGAGCAGCAACUUCAAAAUUGGCUGGCCUGAGGAAGUUGAAAGAAGAUCUCAUGGACGUAAUUGAAUUUACGCCUGGCAGUGGCACCUGGGAUGGAGAAGAUGGUGAAGAUUGGGAAGAGUGGGAAGAGGACUGUUCCGACACUGAGACUGCUGACUCCCUGGGUGAGUUGGUGUUUCCCGAUGAGACAUCACAUGACCCAAUUUGCACAUCAGUUCCCGACCAGAAACUCAUGAAUUUGGCACAGCAAUUCUUAGAGGCAAAGAAAGUAGCAAAGCCACCACGAGAUUCCAAAACCGCUCAGCCACCGAAACCUGCUAGUGCUGCCUUGCCAGCCUUUGUGCUUGAGAGCAUCAAGGGCUUGCAGGGGGAGGUGCCGAAGCCAUUCCCAAUUUCGAAGCAGUACAAGGAGCGCACUAAGAAGAAAGGCGUGGACAAGGAGGGCGACGCUGAAGUGACUGAGACAGAGGAAUCCCCCAAAUGCACCGAAAAAACAACUCUUUUUUCUAAAGGAAAGCCACAGAAAAAGAAAGUGGCUAAAAAGGCAAAGAAGGCACAGGUCCAAGAAAGUGCUGGUAGUUCAGGGUAUGUCCCAGAAGUGUAUUCAGCCAAGCGCAGCGCUUUCAUUCAGAAUUUGCGCAAUGAUGGUCAUUCGUACCAAGUAGCCAAAACCACUUGGAACUUCAGCAGUGUGAAGCGUGAACUGUUGUCUGGUGUGAGUGUCUCAGAACUCAAGAGACGUCGGUUUCUUCCCAAGGGAGCCAGUGAAAAUCCAUGGGCCAAGUGA